ACGACAUACUAUGUCAAGUAAACGACAGGUCGAGGGUUGUAGAAGCAAAAGACGAGAAGGUCCAGCAAAUAUCAGGUCGUCGUUAGUUGCAUAGUUCAGUUGAGCUCAGGAUUCAGAUUUCAAAACACUCCAUCUAUUUGCCUUCCCGCUAAUUUCUCAACCAUUGCAAAAAUCCCUAAUUUUUAAGGCCUUUAAAUAGAAGUGUAUUACUUUGGGCAGAGAAUCAGGAAUGGUACUGGCCUUUGAUUUACAGGACUUCCUUCUCCGUGCUCGAGUUUUAAAGCUAUACAGACAAGCUUUAAGAAUUGCACAAAGAGCCCCUGAUCAUUCUAGAGUUGAAGUGAAACAAACAAUAAGACAGGAGAUGGAGAAUAACCGUAAUUGCAAGGACAAGCAAAGGAUUCGUUUUCUGAUUAGUGAAGGAAUAGAAAGAUUAAAACGUUUGGACGAGAUGCUUGAUAUGCAGGGGAGUUGAUAGUAGAUUAAAACUGGAAAUGGCUAUCCAAAUAUGUAUUUCAAGGUUCACGUUCCUGGGUAGGACCGACAAUUCAUCAUCUGCAAUGCAGAAAGAGAAUGAAAAGAAAAUUAAAUAUGAAAAUUCAUUUGCUUGCUUGUUUACAUUCAGUUAUUUAAAUAUGAACAGUAUGUAUCUGCAAACCUUAUUCAACAACAUGCUAUAGUUGGAUGCAA